AGAGUGAGGGGGUUGAAAAGAGAGGCAGAGGAGCACGGAUGAAGCUGAGGGUAACAGAGGACCCCGAGGAUCCUGAGAUUCUCCAACUCAAGAAGAAGUGACAGGCCUGAGGUCUUGACGGUGUCCAAACCAGUUUUGAGGAUUCUGCAUCAGCAUACGGCCGACUGGUGGCUGAGGUGUGGAGAAGUGGAUAUUGAGCAUAUAAGAAGCCUCUUGGUGGCCACUCAAGUCUGCACAUCCACCCAGUGUUUGCUCAUUGAAGAUUGUAGAAUCCCUUGAUGCCCCAUGAGAUGUGAAGAAGACUUAAUGAAGAUUUGUAGCGGCCACACUUUCACUGAAGAAACAUAAUUAAAGCACCUAAACCCUGUCUUAAUUCAGAGCGAUGCUUUUACUUCCCUCUCCACCCUGUCUUACUCCCCACUCUGCCUUUUGCGUUGCACUGCUGCUUCUCGUCCACUGGGGGCCCUCGGGCGUCAGAUGCCAGAAUGACACCGAGCCGAUCGUGUUGGAGGGAAAGUGCCUGGUGGUGUGCGACUCGACGCCCUCAGCAGAGCCGUCGGGUAACGCUCUGGGACUGUCGGUGAGGUCGGGAAGUGGACGGGUGGCGUUUUCGGCCAUCCGUAACACCAACCACGAGCCGUCGGAGAUGAGCAACCGCACCAUGACCAUCUACUUUGAUCAGAUCCUAGUAAACAUUGGCAGCCAUUUUGAUCCCGCGAGGAGCAUCUUUGUGGCCCCCAGGAAAGGAGUCUACAGUUUCAGCUUCCACGUGGUCAAAGUUUACAACCGGCAAACCAUACAAGUGAGCUUGGUCCUCAAUGGCUGGCCUGUGAUCUCAGCCUUCGCUGGUGACCAGGACGUGACCAGGGAAGCUGCCACUAACGCCGGGCUGGUGAUGAUGGAGCGAGGGGACAAGACUUACCUCAAACUGGAGCGGGGGAACCUGAUGGGAGGGUGGAAGUACUCCACCUUCUCUGGGUUCCUGGUGUUCCCCUUGUAAGGUUGGUCGAGGUUGUCCCAGCCACGCAGAGCACCGUAUGAAAUAACGACUUUACUAUAAGGCUCCUUGACGCGACGGAGGAAGUGUCAAAAAAGACAUUUAAAUGCUUUGAUGCGGCUUCAUAGGUGUCAAAUGGAUGAGUGAAUUCACUUUGGAUCAUUUAAAUGAACGUAAUCUUCAUUUGUAUUGCACUUUUAUGGCGUAUGACGCUUUUCUGCGAUACAGUUCUAGCUCUACCCGGCUCAACUCGGCUCGGUUUGGUAUCAGA